GAAGAAAAACCUUUCUUUAUUAUAGUUUGUUCUUAUUUUCUAACACUUUGUGCAGAGUCACAAUUAAAUAAUACACACGUUUAGCUGUGUUUUUUCUUUGUUUUGUUUUAAAGUUUAUAUGUAUUCAUAAUUAUAGCACUUGUUUGAUAACGUAACAACUUAAGUAAUGUUUUGCUAACAUCAACUGGCUAAACAGCUAGCGUAUCUAGCUUUAAAGUUCGGCUUGGUCUUGGUGUGUUAUUUGGCGAGUAAAAUGGCUAAAGAAACUGCUUGCUAACUAAAUUCCGUUUGCCAGCCAGGUAACUUGGUUAUCUGUCUUCCUUCGGCGAAAACUCGGUUUGUUAAUUUCCAGGGAAUUGAACCGUCUCUAGGCUCUACUAGCUAGCGUAGCUAAGUUACCCCGUUAGCUUAAUAAAAGCCUUUGGCGGCCGAGAGCUGAUUAUAGGUAGCCUAAACUAAAGGCCAAAUCGUAUCGUUAAAUAGAUUACUAUGGAUACAUCAUUUUUUUAGUCUGUCAAUUGUGUUUUAUAGGAGGUGAUAGGAACGCGGAACUUCGGUCGCCUAGUUAGGGUACCGCCGUUCUAACGUUAGUCCAGUGACGACAGACCGGGAAAUGACCUCGCUGAACUACUUCACCCCGGCCCGAGAGGACGAGGUGCUGUGGAUGGGGAACGCAGGCACAGCGACCGGACCUCAAUCCAGCAGCCUUAACGGAGAGGAGACCAGAAGCUUCUAUCAGAGCCUCAUUGACGAGGGCGAUACCAGAGGAGGCGGCAGGAGGGCAAAGAGAGAGAGGCGAGCAGGGGAGCCGAGAAGAGAAACGCACCCAGGGAGAGGGGUAGCGAGGGCUAGCAGGCAGCAGGCCAACACCACCACAGAGCUAGAGGGGCUCCGGCUGCUGCGCUGUGCCCAGGAAGGGGACCUGUCUGGGGUGAGAGGCCUACUGUCCCGGGGGGUGGAUGUCAACUUCCAGGAUGGCUGGUGGUGGACGGGUCUGAUGUGUGCCGCAGCGGCCGGCCAGCGGGGCGUGGUGAGGCUCUUCCUGCAGGAGGGCGCGGCGUGGGUGGGCGUGGUCGACACCCAAGGGCGGGACGCCCGGGAGCUGGCCCUGAGGGCGGGGCACCACGGGGUGGUCGAGGAACUAGACCGGCGUGGUGCUGCGCCUGACGACCACGACGUGGGCGACCCCGGCCAGCAUAGGGGACGGACGCAGGACCACGACCGCCUGGUGGGAGGGGCUUCUGACCACAACCGCCUGGUGGGAGGGGCUUCUGACCACGGUGACCACAGUUCUCCCCCCGGGGCGGGGGCGGUCCAGACCCAUCAGAACCAGAGGCGCUGGUGUCCAGAGUGCCGUGUCCACUACUCGUGUCCCCAGGACACCCACCGUUCCUCCACGCUCCACCUGUUCUCCCUCUCCCGCUCCCCGCCCACCCCCCAGUACUGCCUCCACCCCUCCACCCCCGCGUACCGGAUGAUGCUGCGCUCCGGCUGGACGCCCGGGGGCGGGCUUGGGCCGGAGGGGGAGGGGCCUAAACAGCCAGUAAGAACGGUUCUGAAGAGGGACAGUAAGGGCCUGGGAUACGGGCCGACGCCGCGUCCCAAGGUCACACACUUCCAGGCCAUGGACCCGCUGGCCGUCAGGAGGAAGUGUAAGGAGAGGAGGGAGGGGCGGGGGGGGAGGAGGAGAGAGGAGAACAGGAGGGAGGAGAGGGACAGGAACUGGGAGAGGGACUUCCGUUCCUCAUUUAACACAUUUGACCCCUAAACUCUGAACCAAGGAACACUAGAGGUCAUUCCCUGCCAUUCAUAAACCUUCCAUACGCACAGAAUACACACCAAUAUGUUGCUGCACCUGGUUUUUGUUCAAGUUGGCACUUGUUUAGAAACGCCUGAGAACUUGUCCCUCAAUCCGUUCUUGCGUUUUGCUCUCGAUGCUUCUGUAACCUCUGACACAGAUUAUAUGCCUGUUAAACACAUUGGUAGCAAUUGCUGCUAAACCUGACUUGACUGGGAACUUCUGUCUUGGAUUGUUUACUGAAUGUAUAUUUUGGAUUGUAUCAUAUUUAAAUGUAUAUUUUGGAUUAGAUUUUCA